GAGAGGGAAGAGGGAGGUGGCCGAGCCGGAGUGAAGUGAGGCGCUCAGCUGCCAACACUCACACACCGCCUGCCGCCGCCGCCGCGCUGCUCCCGGGCGAGAGACGGGAGGCGAGCGAAAGCCGGGCGCGGGAGAGGAGGCAGGAGAUCCCGGCGAGGGGAAGGAAGUCAGAGAGGAGGGGAGCGCGGAGAGAGGGAGAAGGAACCCUCCUCCCCGCGGAGAGACGACUUCCCAUGUAGCCGGGAACAGCGGGAGAAGCUGGCGCUCGGGAACUGCGAGGGAAGCUUUCCAAACGAGUUACUUAAUCCCCGAAGAGCGGCGGGAGGAGGGGACGGCAGCAAUCGCCGGUCAUAACCAUUAUUCCCGACCCCUCGUCGUUUAACCCCCCGGGCGGUUCAAUGCCCUGCUCCGAGCGCUUCCUAGAGUCCUCCUCGGGGUAACUUGGGAGGACGCGCUGCCGCUGCCGCCCGGAGGUGAGGAGCGGGGCCUCGGAAGAAGGAAGAAGAAGUUUUUGCGAGGGUCGUGCGCUCAGGAGAAGAUGGGCUGGAAGCGCCGCUGCUGCUGGGGAGGCGGAGGCGGCGGGGACCUUCUCUGCCGGCUCACCCUGGUGCUGGGGUUCCUGCUGCCCGCCUGCAGGACGCGCCUCUACACCAACCACUGGGCUGUGCGGAUAGCCGGGGGGCUGCCGGAGGCCAACAGGAUAGCUAGCAAGUACGGAUACAUCAAUAUAGGACAGAUUGGAACACUGAAGGAUUACUACCACUUCUACCAUAGUAAAACAAUUAAAAGGUCAGUUCUCUCAAGUAGAGGUACCCACAGCUUCAUUUCAAUGGAACCAAAGGUGGAAUGGAUACAACAGCAGGUGGUUAAAAGAAGGAUAAAGAGGGGCUAUAAACCUGGUGGUACCCAAUCCACAUAUUUCAAUGAUCCCAAGUGGCCAAGCAUGUGGUACAUGCACUGCAGUGAUAACACCCACCAUUGCCAGUCAGAUAUGAAUAUAGUAGGUGCUUGGAAGAGAGGUUACACUGGAAAGAACGUUGUGGUCACCAUCCUGGAUGAUGGCAUUGAAAGAAACCAUCCAGACUUGAUGCAGAAUUAUGAUUCACAGGCCAGUUUUGAUGUCAAUGGAAAUGAUUUUGACCCUAUGCCUCGAUAUGAUGCCAGCAACGAGAACAAGCACGGAACCCGUUGUGCUGGAGAAGUGGCAGCCACGGCAAACAACUCACAUUGCACAGUAGGAAUCGCCUUUAAUGCCAAGAUUGGAGGUGUACGGAUGCUGGAUGGAGAUGUAACAGACAUGGUAGAAGCAAAGUCACUGAGCCUUAAUCCCCAGCACAUCCACAUCUACAGUGCCAGCUGGGGACCUGAUGACGACGGUAAGACUGUGGACGGACCUGCUUCUCUAGCACGUCAGGCCUUUGAGAACGGCAUCAGAAUGGGACGAAGAGGCUUAGGCUCAGUCUUUGUCUGGGCAUCUGGAAAUGGUGGAAGAAGUCGAGAUCACUGUUCCUGUGAUGGCUACACCAAUAGCAUCUACACUAUCUCCAUAAGCAGCACAGCUGAAAGUGGGAAGAAGCCGUGGUAUCUGGAAGAAUGUGCGUCCACACUAGCUACAACGUACAGCAGCGGGGAAUCCUACGACAGGAAAAUAAUCACCACAGACCUGAGGCAGCGUUGCACAGACAGCCAUACUGGGACCUCAGCCUCUGCACCUAUGGCUGCAGGCAUCAUUGCACUGGCACUGGAAGCAAAUCCAUUUCUGACCUGGAGAGACAUACAGCAUAUUAUUGUCAGGACUUCACGUGCAGGACAUCUGAAUGCUAACGACUGGAAAACCAAUGCGGCUGGUUAUAAGGUGAGCCACCUCUAUGGAUUUGGACUGAUGGAUGCUGAAGCAAUGGUGAUAGAAGCAGAAAAGUGGACAACAGUCCCUCCACAGCAUGUGUGUGUGGAGAACACGGAUCGGCAAAUCAAAACAAUACGACCUGACAGCGUUGUCCGUUCAAUUUACAAAGCCACUGGCUGUUCAGAUAAUCCUAACCACCAUGUGAUCUACUUAGAGCAUGUCAUUGUGCGCAUCACUAUCACUCACCCUCGACGUGGAGACUUGGCAAUUUACCUAACCUCUCCUUCUGGAACUAGGUCACAGCUCUUGGCCAACAGACUAUUUGAUCAUUCUAUGGAAGGAUUCAAAAACUGGGAGUUUAUGACUACUCACUGCUGGGGUGAAAAAGCAGCAGGUGACUGGAUCUUGGAAAUCUGUGACACUCCAUCUCAGCUAAGAAAUUUCAAGACUCCAGGCAAAUUGAAAGAGUGGUCCUUAGUACUGUAUGGAACAUCCAUCCAGCCUUACUUACCAAGAAAUGAUUUUCCGAAAAUGGAAAGAGUGCGCUCUAGUCCAGCUGAAGACCCUACAGAAGAUUAUGGAACAGAUGACUAUUCAGGUCCCUGCAAUGCAGAAUGCAGUAAAGUAGGGUGUGAUGGGCCAGGUCCAGAUCAUUGUACCGACUGUUUGCAUUACUACUACAAAUCUAAGAAUAACACACGGAUCUGUGUUUCGACCUGCCCACCUGGUCACUACAAUGCAGACAAGAAACGCUGUAAAAAAUGCUCACCCAAUUGUGAAACCUGUGUUGGAGGCCAUAGUGACCAGUGCAUGACCUGUAAAUCUGGCUACUACCUGAAUGAAGUAACCAAUAGCUGUAUUACCAACUGCCCUGAUGGGUUUUACCUGGAUAAGAAUAAGAUUGUUUGCCGAAAAUGUAGUGAAAACUGUAAGACAUGUGUUGAAUUCCAAAUCUGCACAGAAUGCAAACACGGCCUAAGUUUGCAUGGCACUAAAUGUGCUAUCCGCUGUGAAGAAGGAAAAUACCAUAAUGGUAGAGAAUGUGAACUAUGUCACCGUUCCUGUGCGACAUGUGCAGGUGCUGGAGUGGAUGCCUGUAUAAACUGCACACAGGGUUAUUUUAUGGAAGAUGGAAGAUGUGUGCAGUCCUGUAGUAGUGGUUAUUACCUUGAUCACUCUACUGAAAGUGGAUACAAAAGCUGCAAAAGAUGCGAUGCCAGCUGUUUGGAUUGCAGUGGCCAAGGAGACAGAAACUGUACAAGUUGUCCAAGCGGCUAUAACCUAGACACUGGUGUCUGUGUAGUGGGAACAGUCUGCAAGGAUGGGGAAUAUCUUGAUGAUUCACAAGAAUGUCAGUUGUGUGAAGCAUCCUGUCAGAAAUGCAUCGGACCUGAGCCGGACAGCUGCAUCAGCUGCCCACUCACAAGAGUCUUUGAUGAUGGUCACUGUGUUAUGCAAUGCCCCAGAGGAAAGUUUGAAUUCAGAGGACAAUGUAAUUUAUGCCAUCAUACGUGUCUGGACUGCAGUGGAAGUGAACCUAACAAAUGCAUCGCUUGUGGAACAGACAGAAGAGGAGUAGAACGUUUCCUGUUUCAUGGGGAGUGCAGAGAGAGCUGUCCUCCAGGUUACUACCAUUCAGAGCAUACCUGUGUGGCUUGUUCUGACCACUGUGACGUGUGCCUGAACUCCAGCCACUGCAAAAGAUGUUUCAGAGGCUACCACCUUACUCAAAACACAUGCCAGAAGCAUAAUUGUAGAGAAGGUGAAGUGGAAGACCCUGACUCUGGAGAUUGCAUGCUGUGUUCAGAUGGAUGUCGAAAGUGCAAAUUGGAUGACCCAAGAAUCUGUAUAACAUGCAUUCAGGACUACUAUAUGUAUAAGCAGAACUGCUAUAAAUACUGCCCAGAAAAUACCUACAGAGAUGAAAGUGCUCUGCUCUGUAGAGAGUGUCCUAGAAACUGUGAUAGCUGUGACAAGGACAAGUGUGACUCAUGUGAAGAAGGCUUUUAUCUCUUAGGCGGCACAUGCGUAAGUGAGUGUGGAGACAGCUUCUUCACUGAUGACAUCUCUAGAGAAUGUGAACCUUGCCACAGAAGCUGUGCAACAUGUGUUGGGUACAGUUAUGAGAACUGUACAGGGUGCAAAAACAGUUUCCAGCUAUCUCAUGGGCAGUGUCUGAAUCCAAGAAAUUCUCCCCCCAACAGGAAGUUCUGGAGUGAUGCAAAACAAAAAUUGCAAUCCUGUGACCCUUCAUGUAGGACCUGUGAGAAAUCUGCUGACAUAUGCACUUCAUGUCUAGAAGGAAAAUUUCUUAUCCACAAUACUUGUGUUUCUCUGUGCCCUCAAAAAACUUUUGGCAAUGUUGCAAGUGGAAAGUGCGAAAGGUGCAUGGACGGCUGUGAGAUGUGCUCUGACCACUGGCACUGUCAGAAGUGUCAGGCUGAACAAGGCCAACUCCUUUUCCUCCACAAAGGCAGAUGUUUACAGGAAUGCCCUGAGGGAUAUUAUAAUGAUUCUGAGACUUGCAAGGAAUGCAGUGGAUCCUGUAAGGCAUGCAUAGGAAGUGCAACCAAAUGCCUGUCCUGUGAAAGUCCUUUGCUUCUGGAGCAGUGGAAAUGUACACCUACCUGUUCAGAGAGGCAUUUUGCCUCUGAAGGAAUCUGCAAACACUGUCCUGAAAUGUGUCAGGAAUGCAUUCACAAUGAAAUGUGCAAAGAGUGCAUGGAUGAGUUCUUCCUGCAUGAAGGGAAGUGUGUGCAGGAUUGCCCUUCUCACUUCUACGCUGAAGACAAGCACUGCUUUCCCUGCCAUGCAGCCUGCAAGGAUUGUGAUGGGCCAGGCUCAAACGACUGCAUUGGAUGCAUCAUGGAAUCCUUUGUCCUCUACAAUGGCAUGUGUUUUGAAGAGUGCCCUGAAGGCACUUAUUACGAAGAAGCCACAGAAGACUGUCAAGCAUGCAACAGGACAUGCCAAACUUGUUCUUCCACCGCCUGCCUUACUUGCAGAAAUGGCCUGAUGCUGAACCAUGAUGGGCACUGUGUGGCACCUGGGUACUGCUCUCGCACUGAGUACUAUGAUGAGAAAAGUCAGGCCUGUAAGCCUUGUCAUAAGAGAUGCUUCCACUGCUCAGGACCCACUGAACACCAGUGUCUUACUUGUGCGAAUAACCGUUAUCUUCUCAAUACAACCUGUGUUGAAACAUGCCCAGAUGGGUAUUAUUUUGACAGUGAUGAGGGACAAUGUUCCCCAUGUCACAGUGCCUGUGUAACUUGCACUGGAAAACGCAGCUCACAGUGCCUUUCCUGCAAACCGGGCUGGUACAGACAUGGAAAAGGAUGCAUAAACCAGUGUCCAGCAGGGUAUUUUGCACGAAACUCCACUGGAUCAUGUGAAAGAUGCCACAAGGGUUGUAAGGAGUGUACAGGACCUCAACCCACACACUGUCUUUUCUGUGAUACAUAUUUCUACUUGUUGCGCUCCAAGAAUGAAUGUGUUAGCUCUUGUCCUGAGUAUUACUAUGAAGACAAGGACAACAACAUCUGUGAAAGAUGCCACCCUUCCUGUCGAACUUGUGAAGAGAAGGGAGCAUUUGGCUGCACAUCUUGUGUAUGGAGCUACAGUUUACUAGGUGGAAUGUGCAACUCAGACUGUUUUGUAGGUGAAUACAAAGUCCAGGAGACAAGACAAGAGGAGGAUGAGCCCAAGUGCAAGAGAUGUGAUAGCUCGUGCACUGAGUGCAAGGGACCUGGACCUCUCAACUGCACCGUGUGCCCAGCCAGCAUGCAGAUCUACCUGGAGGAAAGCCGCUGCCUGCCCUGCUGCAGUGGCUCUGACCUAGCAGGCACCCAAGAGUGUUGUGACUGCAGUGAAACACAAGAUGAUUGCGUAUUACGGACCACUGUACCACCCAAGAGCAAAAGCAAAACUACUUUCUUUGUUAUCACUUGCAUUUUACUACUCCUGGUCAUCGGAGCCAUUGUAUUCAUCUGGAGAAAAUCACGAGCCAAAACCCAGGCUGUCGCUAAACAUGGGUAUGAGAAGCUUACAAAUCACUCCAGAACCUUUCCUUCCCAUGUAAGCAACUACCACGAGAGUCCCAGUUACCAGGAAGAUCAAGUGAUUGAGUACAGAGAUCGAGAAAAUGAAGAUGAUGAUGAAGAAGAUGAUAUUGUAUAUAUGGGCCAGGAUGGCACACUCUACCGAAAAUUUAAAUAUGGGCUUUUGGAGGAUGAUGAGGAAGAUGAGCUUGAAUAUGAUGAUGAAAGUUAUUCAUUUAGAUAACUCUACUAAUUCAUUAAUUCCCUGUUCAGUUCCUUUUCCUAUUAUAUUACAGCAGUUUAUUUAAGUAUGUUUAGUUACCUCUAAGCAUGCUGAUUUUGGCUAACAGCUAUUGUGAGAGCAGAAUUGUUUCUAAAACCAGUUUCUCCUGAAGCUUUGCAUAAAUCCUUGCUAGGUUUUUAGGCAGCACUUCAUAUGUGGGCUGGCUAAGAGAUUAUGUUUCUGUGCAUUUGUAUGGAGGGUAAAUCCUUUCCCAAUAUGUUUUUGUGUGCAUUGUAACUAACAAAAACAGUGCUUCAAACCACACACAGAUUUAUUGAGAACCUUGCCAAUCACUACUAGAAAACUGCAGAUCUAAAGAAGAUGGGUGUAUUUAUCUACCUGAUGAUAGGUAGAUAGGGGAUAGAGUGCCAGUAGCUUGCUGUUUUGUCACUACAGUUACUCACCAGUUUGUGACAGAAUAAGCAAGUUUGCUGGCUUCACCCAGAUUUUCUUCAUUUGUAUCACCUGUUGCAUCUAUGUCCCUUGCAGCCAACACAUUCCUCCUUCCAAUCUUAUAGCAUACUUCCCAGUUAAAUAUUGCAUCUAUGACAUGAUGUUUAAGUUUUCUGAUUGAGACUCUACUCCAGGUAAGUAUAUUUUAUUCACGGUUUGUAUGAAACAUAACUAGAAUAUUUUGUAUAUCAACCUCUGAUUAAUCUUUACUGUGGUGUUUGUCAAAUAAUCUUUCAUUGUAGAUACAAACUUCUGGGUUUGCCACAAAGGGAAAUACAGUCUAUAAGCAAGUCUAUAAAAAUGACUCCUUUUGCCUUCUCAGUGAUUUAAACACAGAACAAUUAUUCAAGCAGCUUUUCCAUUUCUGUUGCAAAUGGCUCAGGAUGUUCAAACAAUGGCAGAGAAUAAUUAGCGCUCACUUGGUAGCAUAACUUAAAGGAAGACAGCAAUGUGAUAUUAUUAUUAUUAUUACAGAAGUAUAAUUUAUCAUAUUAAAGAAAAGGAUACUGUUUAUGGACCUUUGUGGUGAAAGAAUGAACUCUUUGCAAAAAACUGUCUUGAGAAUGCUGUUAUUUGUCAAGUUUCAUUCACUCUCAGAAUUCCUUUAGAUUUUCAGUAAGAACUGUUCUAGAACUAUAAAUCAAUUAAUUAGAUUUAGUGCAUUUUCUAUUGUUUUUAUGAGAAAAAAAUAUAACCGUAUAUAGAUCAUCGUCAUUAUAAAAUACAUUUGAAGACAACUUCAUAUUUUUUAAAUCUCAUUGCAGUUCCAGAAUGAAAAUUAAUAAAAUACCUGAAUCUUCAGAAUUUGUAGUGCUUGUUAAACAUAAACCUGAAGAACAUAAGUGCUUAAGGAUUUGACUUUUAAAUCCAUGCUUCCAGUGUUAACAUCACUCUGUAAGACCAGCAGCAUGAUCCAUGACGCAUACCGAACUACACCAAGGAGUCCACAAUAUACCCAAAACACCACAUUACAUUACAUUCUUUCCUCAUGCAACUUUAGGGAUGCCACACAGAUGUUAUAGAAAGGUUUACAUGCAAACAGUGUGAAAGUACAAGAGAAACAUUCCCCCAGGGAGGCCUGAGCCAGAUUAACGUGCUUCAAGAUACAGGUUUGAAUAAUUUUCAGCUGUAGCAGAUGGACCUUUGCCCUGACCAGGAUGAAUGUUUAAACAAUUGAACUUGAAUAGAAUGCAACUCUUUCCACCUAAUUUUUAAAAGAACCAAGCAGUUCUAAAUUUUGAUAGAAAGGGUAUAGACAAAUCUAUUUUCAGGUUAUAGAAUUCUGAGGCCAUAGCUUUCCUAUGUCCUAAAUAAAGGACAAAAAUCCCAAGCAGGACUAGUUUUCAGACACGCUUUGACUUUAGCUAGUUUAAACAAUAUCUGAAUGUCAUUUUACUGUCAGUAAAAAGCUUUAGUUUAUUGGCAACCAGCCUUACAAAGCUUUGCAUAAAACUGAGAUGCUUGUGUUAGACAUAGCAAAGGAAAGCACUGUUGUCAGAAGCCUCCUUAGACAGAAAACUUACUGACAGAAAUAGUAGCAAUAACCCUCACUAUUAUAUAACAUAGCAGUCAUUCUCCUAAAUAAGAAACUGAAUAAACUCUUUCCAAGAAUUGCUGUAAGUCUAAGGCAGGGUAAGAAUUAAAAAGGGUACCAAAGCUAUAAAAAUAUUCAAGGUAUUGAAAUGGUACUAGCUCUUUCGAAGCAAACUUCCAAAGUUUACUUACUGAAGAUUUUUGUCUAUUCUAUUUAGCCACAGUUAUCACAUACACAUUUGCAACUAGUCAAAGGAGUUAAGAACUUUCAGCUCCUUUGGCUCAGUACAACCUCUCAAUGCAGAUGUGGCAAACGAGGCAGCAAAAAUCUCAGUAAAUAAGACUUCACACUAGUUAUCUUCGGCAAAUUUCUCUCACUUGCUAGUUUGUCAGGCUGUUUCCUAUCUCAAGGUCUUUGUUUUUCGUUCCUUCCCCUUGCACCCCUUUCAUUAUUAUUCUCAUCCGUCCAUGGAUUUGUCACUAAACUAGAUCUACUUCACACGAGUGCUACUCUUUAUUAGGAAUGGAACUAAUGGUACUUUCCUUCCCAGCAUUGUAGUUCACUGUAUUCCUUUGGAAAACUGUUUGACAGUCUCAAUAUCCAGAAUAUGUAACAGUUAUUGAAAAUAUAUGAAAAUAUUUUCAUAUCAGUAACAGUAUUAACAUGGUAACUAUCUUAAUUUUAUAGCUAUACAAGUAUACCUUUAAGAAUAAGGUUUUUUUCAUUCAUUCUCAAAUACUAGCAAGUUAGAUUUAAUUUUCAGGUAGAUUUUAAGAAAGUUAUGUUGUAUUCACAGAUAAUCUCUUCUCUAGCUAGACAUACAAGAAGCCUAUAUGAAUAACUAUUGCAGACUAUUUGUGCACAUUGGGCCUUUACAUUUUCUGAACAUGAAGUAGUGUUGCAUUUUAACAUCUGCUAAGUACAUGUUCUUUCAGCUGUUAGACCAUCAGAUAGUUUAAUGCCAUAGCUAUUCAGAAAAGUACUAUUAUUACCUAUAUGCAUUUGAAAAAAAUUCUCGUACUGUUAUUCACACAUUGUCAACAAACUCCAUUUCAGAACAGUAAUAGACUUCUGAAGGACACAGACAAUUAAAAUGCAUCACAAGUUUUAUUUAAAAAUUAUUUGAAACCAUGGAAAUAUUUAUAUUGCUUGAACUCCAGCAACUUCAGUGAUCUUUAUGCCUUAUUUGCUGUUCAUACACUGCCUUACAAAUAAAGAACUGCAAACAUCUGGAAUAUCAAUAAUGUAGCACCAAGUCUGUAAGCAAAAACAAUAAUUCUCCCUCCCCAAAACUGAAAGAAGUUUAAGCACCAUAAUGAAAGAAUUCUGCAGCACCUCUUUCAUUUAUGCUAAGGAGUACACACAGAUUACUUCCAUCACGUCUCAUACAAUCAAUCAGAAAAACCUAUGAAAAACAGCAUCACUGCUUUCUCAGUUACAUUCUUUUAUUAAUGCUACAGUGUCACAACAAAAAUGGAAAUAGUUAUUUUCACAUCAGACACAAACAUAACCCUUCAGCUUACCUUAUAACCUUCCCAGCUUAUACUGUGCUGGGAAUCACAUAUUGAACUGAAAAAUCAAUAUGCGGUAUUUCACUCAGCCAAAUGAAUGUACAUACACUUCCUCUAACUGGAAGGCAAACAUGCAAUGCUCAGUAUAUUACUUGACUGUAUACGUAAUUUAUGCUUUAGACAAGAGCUGUGAGCGACCUAAGUUUGUCAAGUUUUCAUUUUGCAACUCUUCUCUAUACUCAAGCAUAGUGGGUUUAAAAUCAAAUCAUGAAAUUAGUUUUGGAUAGUAGCAUUCAUUAGCAUUUACAGAAUAGUGUUGCUAAGACAAUCACCUUAAUGCACUAUGAUUUCUACAAACACAUGACAUCACUGGAGAAAAAUAAUUUUAAAAGGCAGCGAUAAGCUUAGGCAUUAUGCCACAAUCAAUAAAGAUUUGUUCUUUAAAUAUAUUCUUUAAAAUAUAUUACAUUUAGUAACACAGCUAUUAUUUCUUCUUCCAGAAAAGUAAAAUAUAAAGCAAGAUUUUGACAGUGUUAUAUAGCCUAGAAAGCCUCUCUCCUUUGAGAAAUAAAAAAAGUUGAAAAAAAAUUGUCCCACAAUCCCUCAGUUUUAAAGUGGAGGAAAAAACCCCUAUGAAGAAAAUUGUUGUGCAGAUUUCCAACGAGCAGAUAGUAGAAGUCCAUUAAGUGUUUUGGAGUUUUAAAUCUUGUUUUGUUUUGUUUUUAAAAAAGUGAAUAUUUCUAUAAGCAGAUAAGUUCAGUUUCUUUUAAUAUUUUCCUACUAGAAAGACCAAAGUGUGCUGAAAAUGUCUAGGCACCUGUUAGGACAAAUUUAUAAAAAUUUAUAAACAACCUUAGCAACACAGGUUGAAAUGCUGCUUAUCCUAAUAAGCGCUGUUAUAGAAAUCCCUCAAGAAGUGUAUAGCCCUUCUAUCUUUGCCAUCAACAGGACUGACAAGUAAUUCAUCUGCAUAAUUGGGUCUUGGCUGAAGUCCUGCGCAGCUACAAGUACUCCUUGACUUGCUCAAGACCUUUUCCCAAAUAACCCAUGAGAGUGGCUGCAAGUUAAAAUAUCAUGAACUAGAUCCCUGUCAGGCUGACAGCACUCACCACAGAGAAUUCCCAUAAUGCUAUCUUGACAGAAACAGUACAGUGAAAUGUAUGAUCAGAAUGAGAUGGGCCAAGGGGGAAAUACAUAAAAUUGUACUGUGAUGGGGGGAGUAGAUUGGGAAGCACACAUACACU